AUGGACUUCACCACAAAAAGGAGCUAUAAAAAGGUCGAUAUCGAGCCUUUUUACAUUGGUUCUGCUAAUGCAACAGUUUCCGGAGAUGGUGUGGUUCUAGCAACUGCAGUUCUGGAAGAUAUAGUUGUUAUCAACAGAGAAACAGAUGAUGUUGUGCACCAGAUCCAGGGAGACGGAGAUCUGGUGACGACGUUGCAACUAACACCGGACGGCAAAUAUCUGGCCAUAGUAUCUCAAUCACAGCAACUCAAGGUUUUUGAUCUCCAGCAAAGCAAAUUCAUCAAGACUUUCAAACUUCCGGCAGCAUCAUAUAUCUCUACCGUGGACCCUACUUCGUCUUUAUUUGCAUUCGGACUUACCGAUGGUAGUGUCAUUGUCUGGGAUAUAGAGGGGUCAUUCAUCACACACAACUUCAAAGGCCAUCCAUCGACAGUUUCUUCUCUUCGUUUUUAUGGAAAACUCGACUCUAAAGAUUGGAAGCUGGCCAGUGGAGAUAUCAUGGGGACAGUGAAAAUAUGGGACCUGGUGAAACGCAAAUGUGCCCGCACGAUGAAAGAGCAUACGGCUACCGUGAGAGGUGUCUCGUUCAGUGACAACGGUGAGCUGUUUAUAAGCAGUGGAAGAGACAGCGUGAUAAUAGUGUACAAUACCAGGACGUGGAAGGAGGUGAAGACAAUUCCCGUCUCGCACUCUGUUGAGGCGUGUGGAUUUGUUGAACAUGAAGACAAAGAACUUUUGUAUACGGCGGGCGAGUUUGGUCUUCUGAAGGUCUGGGACUUGAAUUCUGAAAAACUGGUUGCAACCAGCAGGAAGCCACUGGAAACCACAGAAGAGCUCAAUAUUAUGGACGUUUUGCAUCUUGACAAAGGAAUAGACUCUUUGCUGCUGGUUUAUUCAGAUCAGACAAUUGCGGAGAUUGAUCUCGAUGCACAAGAUGGCAUAUUCCCAACUUUGAGGGUGAUGGCGGGUAAUCAUGGUACCAUCGCUGACAUGCGCUAUGUUGGUCCUAAAUUUGACCAGCUUGCAUUGGCAACGAACUCGCCUGCUUUGCGAAUUGUCGACGUUGCGGAAAAGCCGCUCGAUGUCACGCUGUGCGAAGCGCACACCGAUUUGUUGAAUGCUCUGGAUUCCACCGCCGAUGGCCUCUGGCUGGCUACCGCUGCUAAGGACAAUACGGCACGGCUCUGGAGGUACGACGAGGAACAAAAAUUCGUGUGUGUUGCCGUGUUUGAAGGCCACAUCUCGUCGGUCACUGCUGUUGCGUUGCCUAGGACACCCGUCAGGGAUUAUCCUCGCUUCCUCAUAACAGCAGCUGAAGACCUGACAAUAAAAAAAUGGACGAUUCCUAAACCAGGAGACGAGGUGAUACAUGUGAGAAAGUCCGACUACACAAGAAGAGCGCACGACAAGAUGAUCCAUUCCAUUGACGUUAGUCCGAACGACGAUUUUUUGGCGACCGCGAGCCACGACAAAAUGGCCAAAAUCUGGGACUUAGAGGCUGGCGAGACUGUUGGAGUUUUGAAGGGCCACAAGCGGCCAGUUUACGACAUCAGUUUCUGUGCCUACGACAGACUAAUUGUGACUGGUUCUGGUGACCAGACAGCCAAGGUGUGGUCAUUAGAGGACCUUACGUGUAUCAAGACUUUCCAGGGUCCGGCUAAUGCUAUUCAGCGAGUUGCGUUUCUAGCCAGAAAUCAGUUUAUUGUCGGAGCCGGUGCAGACGGUUUAAUCAAGAUCUGGGAAAUCUCCAGCGGCGAUUGCGUACAGACGCUCGACAACCACGACAAUAGGAUCUGGGCGCUGUGUAUCAAAGACGACGGCCGCGAGUUUGUGUCUGCUGAUGCCGACGGAGCAAUCACCAUAUGGAUAGACAACACCGAGGAGGUGCAACAGCUGGAAGCAGAGGAGCGCAAAUUGAAGGUCGAGCAGGAACAGUCGUUGCAGAACUACAUCAACAAAAAAGACUGGGUGAACGCGUUCAAGCUGGCUUUGACUCUGAACCACCCUAUGAGACUCUAUAACGUUCUUCUGGCCAGUAUAGCAGAGGGCGACGAAGGGUCUGUAAUUGGAUCCUUUGGCAUCGAGAGUGUGAUUUCAGAGCUGGAACAGGACCAGAUAUUGCUACUCUUCAAAAGAGUCCGGGACUGGAACACCAAUUCGCGCCAUUUCGAGGUGGCACAGAAGCUCAUCAAGGCGAUAUUGACAAACUACUCCAACGAGAAGCUGUUUGAGAUGCCUGGGUUGAUGGGGUACAUUGACGCCAUUUUGCCAUACAGCGAGAGACAUUAUGGCAGGUUGGACGACCUGGUCGAGCAAAGUUUCAUUUUGGACUAUGUUGUUCAGCAGAUGGACAAGGUGGUGUAA